AUGAAUUCAAGUCUAGUGAAAAUACUGAAGAAGUAUGACAAGAGAACAGGAGCACUUAUUAGGCAUCCCUUCAUCGAAAAGGUGCUGCAGCAGCCAUUCUUUACAACUGAUCUCCUAUACAAACUCGUGAAGGAGUGUGUGGCUAUGCUCGACCACCUCUUCCCCAGCAACAACCUAUCAAUUUCAGCAGAAUGCGACGGACAAAAUGGAGUGCCAAAACCGGCACAAUCAGAUCCUGAGAAUGUCCCUUCCUUGUCUGGAGACACCGAGCCCCACUUUAAGCCCUCGUCAUUUGGACACCCGCAGUUGUCUAGACAUAUAAAACCUACUAGGCACUCUUUUGCCUAUGACUCACUUCACGAGAAGCAAGAGGCCCAACAAGUAAUAUUGGAGGGCAGCCUCACCUUGUCUAAUGACCAGUAUAGAGAGGUGCAAGAUCAUUUUCAGUUCACGAGGAACUUUCAGGGCAAGGUGGCUGAAUUUGUCUAG